CCGGUACCCAGCUCAACUAAUUCCUCGGCCAUAUAUGCCUCUAUGAACAGCAUAGCUCGUUAAACUCCCCUCAUGUCUACUUUCGCCACGCUUUUGUAUCGAGACCUGUCCUCGAAGGUUUUCCUUCCGCCGCAAGCAUCGCCGAUAGCUUCCCCAGCCUUCGCGAACGCGUCGAAGGAUGCUCUCAGGGCAUAUUUCGCUGAACUGAACCCGCCUGUAUCGCUCGCGGAUGCACACGCCUGCCUAGACGCGUUACGUCAGUUUGAGGCGAGCGGUACCUUCACAGGUCCAUCAUACGGGGAGGACGAAGCACUCCGAACAGCCAUCCUCGUCAAGCUCCUAAUUGGACUGUACGUGCAGACCCUGGAAAUAUAUCUGGAUGAAGCAAGUGAGGCAGAGACCCAGCUGGAGUGGUGGGCUGAUAUUGAGAGAUCUCGACUCGGUUCGGCGUACUACCUCCUGCAAACCCUACCGCUACGUAUGUACGUCGUAGUAGAUACAACCAUACGUACUCUGCGAAGUCGAAAUCUUCCCUUGCAGCUUUCAUCAUUCUCACCAAGUUCGCUGCAGCAACUGUUUCCCUCCCGGAGCGUCCUCCGCCCACAUACGCUCACCCUUGCUCUGUUUCCCCACCUCCGUCAUGAACCAUACCCCGCUUCACUCUUCACCUACUCCCGCGCGAAGCCUAAUGUGACGUUCUCGUCUGAGCGUGUUCGAAUCGAGCCUGUCUUCCGAUGGCUCCAUGUAAUGUGCUCCCGGCUGUCGCAGUCUUUCUACAAAAUUGUGACGUUGCCGGUAGAGUUGUCGCGACACGAAUGCAGGUACAAGCUCAAGAUGCUCGAGGACAUACGUGACGAUAGGGCUUCUGUCCUAGGCAGCCUUUUGGAGCUUCGGGGCGACCUGAGCAAGGUUGCUGAGACGACUACUAUGGCGGAUCGCACGGAGCUGCUUCGGUCUUUCGUUGGUACGUUUCGCGUUGCCGUGGAUCGCGGGCAAUGGGAUGUUGCAAACGAAGUCCUGGGCCCGACCGAGUUUUCCUUCCUCCUAGCCGACUCUAUCCUGCCCCAGCAUAUAACCUCGCACGAUGAACAAGUUUCGAAGCAUGGCUUGCGCAAACCCUCUCGACUCACGCGUUAUUGGCCGAGACUCGUGUUCCUCCCACCCUUGGCUCUUUUCGGCAUUCGCUGGCUCUACCACUCGCGGGAUUCCUUGGAGCAGACCACCGUCUAUGUGGUUGAAACCUUGAAGUCAUUCUGGAACGACUGGCUCUUGGGGCCAUUGAAAGAGGUCGUCAAGACUGUCCGUGCCGGCUCCGAUGAGGGUGUCAUUAUCACCAAGGAGAGUGUGAACGCCGAUUUGGAGUCUCUUGAACGGAUGGCACUUGCGCUUGCUAGAGAAAAGCUCAAUUACACCCCAGAACAAAUGACCGCUCUGUCUCAACAGGUCCGCCACGGCGACCUUACAUCCGUCAUGCGGAUCUAUGAGGAUGACAUUCGGAGCCCGCUCAAGUCCGCGAUUGGAGGUACAUUAUUGAGGACUCUCCUGGUGCAGGUUCAGAAGGCGAAAGUUGACAUCGACCAAGCUCUGUCGGGUAUUGAUAAACUGCUCAAGUCGCAAGAGCUCACGUUUGCGUUCGUCGGCGUAGCCCCUGCUAUGACUCUUGUCUAUAUCACCGGACAAUAUCUCAAAACUCUCUGGUCUGGCAGUAAGGGCAGGGGGCGCUACGGCGGCGGCAGGCGCAGGGCCCGUGUCUGGAGCAUGAUGAGACGCAUCGAAAGGCUGCUCUUGUCCUCUUCUAUCUCGCAAACGGACACUGGAUACCAUGCAAUCGACUCGCGGACUUCUGGUCUUCUUUUGCUCCUGACAACUCGCCUGCGGUCGUAUGCAGAGAUAUGUUUGCCAACCAACUCGAGGCUGCGCGCUGGAUUCCUAGACGAUGUAUCCGACCUCGAAAACUCAGCCCUUGGACGGAACGAGAAGCUACGAAUCGUGGACAGGAUGUGGAACUCGUGGGGGAACCAGCUUGGAUGGUACGAUAUGGGCAAAGAGUAGCCACGAGACACAUUCGACGGUAGCUAGCAACUUUCGUGUUGAGCUUUCGGGACCAUACUAUCUAUGUGGAUUCACGCUCGACGAAUUUAUGAGAUCUGAGAGCUAGCCAUCGCAUUGCACAUUCUACUGUAUUACACUUGGACGACCUGAUAUUUGCAAACACAUCCAUCCCUGCCCCGCCUGCACGAGCUCCCUUAAUCAAGCUCCUCCAGGCUGCGCGCCAGAAGCUCACUGAGGAAAUCCAUCCGCUUGCUGCGCAAUGAGUGCUCGGU